AUGGCCGCGCCGGGACCCCGCGCCUUGUGGGCUGCGCUCUGUGGCGGCUGCUGCUGCCUCCUCCUGUGUGCCCAGUUUGCUGUGGCUGGUAAAGGAGCUCGAGGCUUUGGGCGGGGAGCCCUGAUCCGCCUGAACAUCUGGCCAGCUGUUCAAGGAGGCUGCAAACAACUGGAGUUCUGUGAGCGUUGUGUGGAGGGAGACAGAGCACACAACCUCUCAGGCUGCGUGUGGGAGCAGUGUCAGCCAGAGGAGCCAGGACACUGUGUGGCUCCAGCUGAGGUGGCCAAGGAAGGUUGCUCUGUCUACAACCGUUCAGAGUCGUGUCCAGCUGCCCACCACCACCCCACCGAUGAACCGAAGACGAUCACAACAGGGAGCCCCUCAGUCCCUGAGGCCCACAGCCCUGGCUUUGAUGGGGCCAGCUUUAUCGGGGGCGUUGUGCUAGUGCUGAGCCUGCAGGCAGUGGCCUUCUUCGUGCUGCGCUUCCUCAAAGCCAAGGACAGCACCUACCAGACACUGUGA